AUGUCCGGCAUUUCAGCUGGAGGGGGAGCCUCGUCAUCUCGCUCUGUAUUUCAUCUUACGCACGAGUUACAUCAAACGGUCACCCGGUCUAUCGAUACCGCGUUAUCAUGGGAUCAGCUCAACUCCCCUUCCGUCAACUAUACCUUGGUUCGACCGAUCGUGGAGCGCUUCGUGCAGCUGUACUCUGGCGAGAAGACAGCGGAUGGGGGUGGUGGACUGCUUCAUCCUGAAGUUACAGAGGCGGAGAGGGGGAGGAAGGAGGGAGGAGGUAGUGGGGACGUUCAGCUCGGAGCGGUACUGUAUGCCCUGAUGGCGAAUCGGAUCCAAUUUAUCACGCUCGCAGACGGCGACUUGAGCUAUGCUCCACUCCAGAAUGCUCGGGCAGCUUUCUGCGAGCUCCUAGCUAUGAAAGUACUCCGCAGUUUUCCACAUCCCAACGACGAAGCCGCCGUUGCCGAGGCACUCGUACACGGCUGGUCGGCUUUUGAGGGUGCUCCCAAAUCUGUAUGGGAUAGUAUGGGCGAGGAUCAAAAGGAGGUCGAGGAAACAACAGGGAGUGCACUCGAGCUUGCGAUAGUUUCAUCGUCGAAACACUUCCUCUCCCUCCCUCUCAUCCAACAUCUCAUCAGCCAGAUCUACACCGGCCACCUCAUCUACUUACCCGUAUCUUCCCGCUCUCUCAUCUCCGACUCGUACAUCUCCGACCGGACCAUCAAGCGGCGUCAGACAAGCGUGUCGUCGCACGGCUCAUCCCGUCCGCGCGGAACGUCCAGCUCCUCGUCUUCGCCCGCCCGCCAUCCCAGGACCAACGGCAAAGCGGACGAGGAGAGGGGUGCACAGGUGUUCGUAUACGACCCGUACGAGGCGGGAUGGCUCGAUCAUCAACGUUUGAGGGUGCCCAAGUGGAGGAAUCAGCUCGAGUGCCUGACUCUGGCUAUUCUGAUCGGGCUGUACAUUGCCACAUUAGCGACCCGCGAUAUCUACUCUAUCCACCCAAUCGAGGUCGUGUAUAUCCUCUACACCUUCGGCUUCAUCCUGGACGAGUUCGCCUCGAGCAAGGAGCACGGAUGGUCCGUUUACUCUGCAAACGCCUGGAACGCCUUUGACCUGGUCUAUAUCGCAAUCUUCCUCCUCUUCUUCUGUCUGAGGGUCUUCGCACUGGCUACCCAUUCGCCAACUACCUCCGACCUCGCAUUCGACAUCCUCGCUUGCGGAGCGUGCAUCUUGUUCCCGAGGCUCGUCUUCUACCUCAUCAAGGAUCAAGUGGUCAUCAUAGCUCUUAGGGCGAUGAUAGCUCGUUUCCUCGGCUUCAUGGGUCUCACCAUCAUGGCUUUCAGCGGGAUAUGUUUCUGCCUCUGGACACUUGGACGGGCGACGUGGACGGUCAAGCAGAUCAUCUGGCUCAUGCUGCAAAUCUGGUUCGGGUCCUCGUACCUUGGCUUCUCAGCCAGCGAGUCUUUCCAUCCAAUAUUUGGACCCAUCAUCCUCAUCUCUUACGCUGCGCUCUGCAACGUCCUGCUCAUCACCAUCCUGAUCGCCAUUCUAUCCAACAAAUUUGCUGAGAUCAAUGGGAACGCGCAGGAAGAGCACCUAUUCCAGCGGGUCCUCAAGACCGUUGAAGGCGUCCGGUCGGACGCGAUCUUCUCGUACCUGCCACCGGUCAACCUCCUUGCUUUCGUACUGCUCAUGCCGCUGAGCUGGGUGUGUGCGCCGAGGACGUUGCAUCGGAUCAACGUGUUUGGUGUCCGCUUGACAAAUUUCCCGAUCCUCUUCCUGAUCUCUGCACAUGAGCGAUGGUCCUACCGCGCCCAACGCAAGAGUGUGCGCCUGGAAGGUGGAUCAGGCGGUGUUCCUGCCCCAAGACCAAGGCUGCUCGACUCAUGGCUGGCUGGCGGUGCCGAAGUCCUCAUUGCAUCAGUAUUCGAAGCUGGCCCCCCUCCCUCCCUAUCCCAAGCUCCGAUUGGGACCACCACCUCCUCUUCACGCGGAGCCGCUACCUCCGAAUCAGAUACCGACCCAUCCGUCCCCGCUCCUCGCGCCGGUACCAAGGCAAGUAGCCCUCUCGCAAAACUGUACGGCAAGCCGGCCUCUGCAGCCCAGGUCGCGCCGAAGCGGAAAGAGAGGCGAUCCAAGUCGAACGCGAAGCGCGAUGCAUAUGGGGCCGAUGAGGACGGGGUAUCAGAGGUGGAUAAGCUGAAGAAGGAGCUGGCGGAGGUUCGGGGGAGUCAGUUGAGGAUGGAGGAGAUGCUGGGUAGAUUAUUGGCGGGGAGGGAAACGUAG